CUGUCCAAGCAUGUUCUCCGCCAAGAGUUCCUUAGUUGUGGCCGUGAUCCUGGUCCAACUGGUCGCCUUCAUCCAGGGUGGUGUCUACAGCACGGAGGAUAAGUGGAUGUAUCUGGACAAGACCAUGGAUUUGCCGGAAGGAGCAGUGCUCGGCGGUAUUGAUUCCGUGGGUUACUACAACUACGUCGGUCGCGUGACAAGCGGCUAUAAUAUCCUGCCCGCCAGAGUUGUUCCAGAGCUGGGAAAGGCCACCUUCAACACCGACACCUUAUCGAGCCAGGUUACUUCCUACGAGGUGCUGGUGGCCAAUGCCACCGUUAGCUACCACUGGAUCCGCAGCUUCGAUGGUUUCCGCGAGAAUAACGCCGUCGCUGUGGGAACCAAUGCCUCCAAUGAUCGCGUCUACAUCUGCCGUGCCCGUUACGAUGGCGGAGUCUUCAUCGGAACCCUAUAUCUUAACAAUAGGAAGUGCAUGAUCAAGUUUGAAAGCCAGAAUCUGCGCGAGUUUGAUAAGUACGAGGUCCUGGUCAGGGAGCGACAUGUGAUCGACUUCGUUCCAUACCAUUUGUAGAAAGCUAAUAAAAUAUAUAUUUAUUGAUCGAA